CAAAGGGGAAUUCACACCGGUCCACUCCGUCCUCCUCUUUAUUAACAGACAUGUCCAGGUUUUCUCCUCUUUAUCUUGGUACCUUACCCUUACUGGCUGACAUUAAUGAGCAGAACAUAGCCUUUGUCAUCUGUGCCUCAGAAAAUAAGCCCUCCAGUCUGCAUAUCCUGAAAGAACUUCUCAUAAAGACUCUUUUUUCACUGGCCAGCAAAUCAUUGGACUCCAUGUUCAACAUUGUCAGCUGUACCAGCAAGGUGUUAAAAUGGCAGACUGGACUGGUGAAAUGUUCCCUUCCCAACAUCACUAAAGCAGCAGCCUGGAUCCGAGCCCUUCAGGUCAAGAAUGCGGACGGGACCUUGAGUGCUGUGGCAGAAGCAAUGGAGGAUCCCACCUGCCAAGCAGUGUAUCUGUUUACCAGUGGGCUGCCUGAACAUGCUGUGGAGGAACUCUAUAGACACCUUCAGGAGACACAACAAGCAUUCCCAGUGCAUGUUGUAUACUUGCCAAGAAGUGGAGAGGAAAGUCAGAGCAGCUUUCAAAGAAUAUUGGAGAAAGCAGCUAAUAUGUCUGGAGGUUCCUUCCAAGCAAUACGUCUCAACUCUGGAGAGUCUUCAGAUGAGGAUAAUCCUGGCUGCACUACCAGCAUUCAGCAUUCAGAUUGUGUGAGCAAGCAGUGCUGUUCCCCUCUGCUGACAGGCCAUCACUCAGUACAAUUUCCCUUGAGUAUAUGGAAUCCAGAUUCCUUUAACACAUUUCUGAGAAGCUCAGUAAAGAAGGAUUUAGCAGACUCAUCCCCAAAGAUUCACAGUUUGCUAAGGGGGAUCCGAGUCCUGGCUAGGAAAGAGACGGAUGGGUAUUACUACCUAGGUCAUAUUGUUCAAGAGGUGAAGGGCUCCAGGGACUGUGUUCUAAUUGAGUUUGAAAAAUCCCAGCGAUCACGGAAAGGCAAGGCUCAGUUUCUAAUGCAAGAAACCCCCCUCUAUGAUGUCAUUCAUUAUGAGGAUGCCAGGUGGCAGCCACUGACUCCAGGGGAUGGGAUCCUGGCCCCAUGGGAGAAGAAAGGUGAACGAUACGGCCCAGGAACUGUCCUCCAGGUUGCAGAGACCGAGGUGCUGCAUUCAGCCUUUAAAAACAGCUGGGUGCUGGUUAAUUUUUGGAAUGGCCAGACUAAGAAGGUAUCUGCAGAUGUUGCUGUGAGGAUCCCUCCUUCUUUAAGUGAACGCAUCAUCCUUGAGGUUCAGAUGCCAUUAGCAGCCAGGCAGAUGCUAGUGGAGCAGAAUCCAGAUUAUCCCUAUGUUGUCCCUCCUGGCUACAGAGCAUCCGGGCCUUGCAAAAAGAAUCACUUGCACUGGCAUGAUGUUUCAGCAGUAUGGAGUAGAGACACCAGCUACACCUGUACCCACCUCCCCUGCUGCUAUUUUGGCUCCUCUUCGUGGGAGCCUACUAAGUCUCCACUGUGUACAAUGCAGCCAGAUGAUGCCUUGAUCCCAGGAACCAAUCUGACAAAGGAAGAACUGAACAAGAAGAUAGAAGAGCAGCUUUCAAAGGGCAGACUGCCCAUUUCAGAAAAUGAUGAGAAUGAGAUGAGAGAGUGGCAAGAGAACAGCAAGCUAAAGCAAGGAAAAAACUUCACAGACCCACAGUCUGGUGCAGAGACAGACAGCAGAGUUACAGAACCCAACAAGGUCCAGCAGGGAGUGUUGGCUUCAGAAGAUCCAAGGGAACGCAGAGGAACCAUGGUUGAUGCAGCUGUCAACAGACGCAAAUACAUAAUUCCACAAAAACAGAGAGCCCAACCUUUCCAAAGGAGUCAUCCUCAAAUAACACGUAUUGCAGAUGUUUCUCAAGCCAAGACUACAUUCAGCAGGGUGGACCGAGUCCCAACGAAAGACCAUUCCGCUGUUGGAUCGGCUUUGCACAUCAGGAGGAACUACAGUGCACCAUCAGUGCAGCAAUUACUGGUCAAAGGGGCACUGCAUGAUGGUCCGAGAGAGAUAGACAUCAACACAGCCAGGACAGAGUUCAAACGUCAGAAGUGGGAGCAGAGACGGCUUAAGGAAGAUCAACGGCAGCAAGAGGAACACCUCAAAAGAGAGCUUCUGCUUGCCAACAAGAGGCAGAGAUCACUCCAAAGAACCUUGCAAGGUUUGCAAAAGCAGCAGGAGAACAGUGUCAAGAAUGGGCUGCCCAGGGAGCAACUCCAGUCUGCAAGAGCAGAGAGGAGGAGGCAGGAGUCCUGCUUGUGGGAUGAAGAACGGAACAAGGAGAGUCAGAAGAUAGAGUUCUUAAGGGCACAGCAUAAGCAGAGGGAGAAGCAGCUGACUGAACACAACCAAACAAUUGAAGACCGUGAAAAAAGGAGGCUGGAACUUCUCAGGAACAGACAGCAAUCUAUGCAAAAGAACUUGGAAGCUGCACUCCAGGAGCAGGACAUUCAGAUGAAGGAGAAGGAGACUGCCAAGCGGCAAGUGUUCCAGAAGUGGGAGAGGAUGUCUCAACAGGUAGAAAAGGAGAAACAGAAACACAAAGACCUCCAGCAGUAUCUCCAAGAGCAGAAUCUUUUAACACUUCGUGCCUCCCUUCUGUCCUAA